AUGCCUGGCAAUGCGGCCGCGGAGGAACUGGAGCAUGGUCGCGGGGAACCUUCCCCGCACAAGCGGAAGCGGGGAGGUGCGAAGGAGGUGGAUGUUGACUGCAGCGGACUGGCGAGUAUAGACUCAGGGAAUGCCGAGGGCGAGAGCGUUGCGAGCUUUUUUGUUAGUAGCGCCAGGCAGAUCUGGUAUCCGACACAGUGCGCGACGAAACGGAUGCGAGGCGCGGCGGAAUCACGCACGAUGAUGGCGGAGGGCGGGGCAGAGGGAGGGGCGCAGAGGGGGCAAGGGGACGCGGGGAAAGAAGGGCAUGGAUGCGAGGCGCAAGGAAAGGAGGCAGAGGCAGCGACGGAAAGGCAGGCGAGGGGGGGAUUGGCGGAGAGCGAGGAAAGUGCGCGAGGGGAUGGUGGCGCGCGGGAUGGCUGUGGCGCGCGUGAUACAUUCGGGGGAGGCGGAGAACUCAAGAGGGCGAGGGAGGAGGUGAAGCAAGAGAUGGUGGAGGAGGCGAUGCAACGCGGCGGGCCCCACCGCACCUCCGUGACUCUCCGCCCGUCCAUGCCUCUCCGCCCGUCCAUGCGUCUCCGCCCGUCCAUGCCUCUCCGCCCGUCCAUGCCUCUCCGCCCGUCCAGGUCUCCCCGCCCGUCCAUGUCUCCCCGCCCGUCCAUGUCUCCCCGCCCGUCCAUGUCUCCCCGCCCGUCCAUGGCAGCGUGCGCAGGUCCGUCACAGCUGGUCUCUGCAAGCAGCGGUGAGAGGCGUGAGGAAGCGAGGUGCAGAGGAGCAGAGGAGGCAGGGGCGGGGAGCGAGCAGGGCGGUGACAUGGGGCGAGGGGAUGAGGGGCUGGGAAGCGCGCGACCAGGGUCACCUGGGGAUGGCAGCCAUGGCAUGGCACAGGGGCAGAGGCGAGGAGGGAGCGAGGCAAGGGGCAGUGGCGAGUGCGAGGGAGGGAAAGCUCGAGGGUGGUUGGCACAAAUGCUGCAGGGAGGGGAGAAUGAGGGUGGGCAUGAGGGGGAGAAGGUGAUAUGGGGGGAGCAAACGUCAGGAGAGCAGGUAUCAGGUGCGAAGGCAUGUGAGGAAAUGCUGCAGCGAGGCAGUGAGAGAUGGGAGGAGGGCAGGCAGGAGAUGAGGCAGGGGAGCAGCGCCAGUGGUGGUGGUGGGGGAUGGGGAGCAGAUGGGGUAAUGAGCACUCCGCCUCCUCACAACCACAUGCCGUGCUCACCUGACGGCCCUGUGCCGUGCCCACCUGGGAAUCCCAUGGCAUGCCCUGCUCACGACCCUGUGCCAAGCGCAGAAGUGACAGUACCGUGCACUGACAAGGCCUCAACACUGCCCAUGACACCUGAGAGCCGACCUGAGAGCCGCCGUGAGAGCUGCCCUGAGCAUUUCUCUGAGCGUCGCUCUGAAGAUGGCUCUGCUGUGCCUCGGGAACAGCAGGCUGAACGUGGCAGCAAUACCCCUGGCUGCCCCCAACUGGGACUGGUUGCAGAGGCAGAGAGACCAGGCAGUGACCCGUCUCCCUUUCAUGCUGCCACUGCUCAUGCGAAUCAUGCAGGUGCUGCUGCUGAUGCAGACCCGCCCGCGCCGUCCCCCACCAGCACUCCACCGCCCCGUCAGCAGGAGGGUCCACGUCAGCAACAGCCUAGUUGCGACGCAUCAGCACAAGCAGAUCCAGGCAAUGCCACGGUCACAACAGAGGAAGCAAGGAAUGAAGAGGUUGCUGCUGUUCCAUACCAUGUGCUUGCCGCUCGUGUGUUUGCGGAGUUGCGGGGCUUGUUGCUCGAUACCCACGUGGCUCAUGAGGACUUGGAAGCAGUUGUGAAUGAGGCGGUGAUGACGUGGCAUCCUGACGUGCAGGCAAUGGCGCAAGAGAACGCGUGGGAUGCGGCGAAGGGGACAGUUGCAAGGGUGGAAGGGAAGAUUGGCACUUCAAUUUUGGCUUUGCGGAAGAAGCUAAAGGCUCUUAAAGCCGUGUUGAUCGCCAUGGAGGAGGAGGCGAUAGAGCGAGCCGUGCUGGCGUACCUGCGUCGCAAGGGCUACAAGAAUGCUGAGCUGGCGUUUAAAGACGACUCUAAGACGCAAUCGCUCGAUGCGCUCGUUACGGUUGGCGGGAAGGCGGCAGCUGCUGAGCUGGACAAGAAUUUAGCCAAUCAGAUAAUGCUCUACAGCAGGUCUGAGAAAGCGCCAGCAUGCUAUGUGGAUGGCUACCGGAAGCUUCGUGCGUGGGUGCAUUCCUCCCUAGACCUCUACAAGAACGAGCUACUGCGAGUGCUCUAUCCGGUGUUCGUGCACGCCUUCCUCGAGCUCGUCGCGCAGGACCACCCCGACGCGGCGCGCGCGCUCAUGGAGGCGCACGGCGCGGACCACGCGCGCCUGCACGCCAGUGACCUCGCGCAGCUCGCGGGCAUCACCGCCGCGCAGCACGCGCAGGAGAGCCCCCUCGCGCGCGCCUUCCGCGAGAACAAAGCCGUCAUCCGCAUGUGCCAGGUAGGCCCCCCCUGGCCAAGCGCAUGUGUCGUGUCUGCUCUCUCCUCGUUCCGUGUGCAUGCGGGGCGGCCAGCAGCGCAGGAGGAGGAGGAGGACGAGGCGACGGGCAUGGUAUCAAGCGCAGGAGCGGACGGAGGGGGCGCGGGGGGCGGCAUGCUGGCGGGGGUGGUGACAGGGGCGACACACGAGGCGAUGAAGCGCAUGGGGCAGCGCGAGGUGCUGUGGGGCGCGCUGGAGGAUGGUGUGGAGCACCGGUUGGAGCAGGAGAGGGAGCGGGAGGGUGAGAAGGAGGAGGGCGACGAGGGCGAAGGGGACGACGGCAAGAAGCGGGCAGCAGAUGGCAAGGCAGCAGCAGGGGCGCCGGGCAAGAAGGGCAAGAAGGACAAGGCGGGGGAGAAGGACGCGCUCAAAGGGGGCGCGGGGGGUGGAGCAGGAGGGGCAGCGGGGGCAGGGGGGGGUGCUGGAGGAAAGGGGGGGAAGGCGGGCGAGGGCAAGGGGGCCGGCGGGGCUGCUGCAAUGACUGGCACACGCGUGGCGUCGCACCUGCCUCUCCCUAAAAUGUGCGCUCUCCCUCCCUCUGCUCUGCCCCCCGCUGAUCUCCCUUCUGCUGCUCUGCCUGCUGUCAUCUAUCCUUGCCUGGCCACGUCCCGCUGCUGCCUUCCUGUGGUUCAAGCUGAUUCAUGGCACAGCAGCAGGAGGGAGGAGGCGGAGAAGCAGGUGUUUGACGACUUGAGGCGGCGAGUGGCACUGGGAGCGCAGGCGCUGCCGUCUGUGUGCUGCUACACGCUGCUGCAUGCACACUCCAGCAUGACUUCAGUGUCCGUUGCUCCUGACGGUGCGUUGCUGGCUGCAGGCUUCAAUGACUCGUCAGUCAAGGUGUGGGACAUGCGAUCCAUUGGCUCCUCCCCCCUCCCACAAGACGCCCUAUCGCUCGACACCUCAGCAGCAGCCGAAGCCCCAGCCAUACAAAAUACCCCACGUGGACACCCCACAACCACCACCACCACCUCCACCCCCACCACCCCCAGCACCACCAGCAAACGUUACAUAGCCCUGAGGGGCCACAGCGGCGCCGUGCACGCAACCUCCUUCAGCCCCUCAGACGACCGCUUCCUGCUCUCCGCCUCUUCUGACGCCUCAGUGCGCCUGUGGCACCUGGGGCUGGGGGCGUGCCUGGUGGCGUACCGCGCGCACUGCUACCCCGUGUGGGACGUGCAGCACUCGCCUGUGGGGCACUACUUUGCCACGGCGUCGUAUGACCGCACGGCGCGCGUGUGGAGCAUGGAGCGAUCCUACCCGCUGCGCAUCAUGGCGGGCCACCUCUCCGACGUGCAUGUCAGUCCCUUCCUUUCUAAGCGCUCGUACCCGCUGCGCAUCAUGGCUGGUCAUCUCUCCGACAUGCAUGUCAGUGGCUCCUUCUUUCGCACAUCCCUGAUGCGCGCUGCCACGCCACCUGCAAAUACGUUCUCACCGGGUUCACUGACAACCCAAGCCCUCCACCCAGCCUCUCUUCCUCACACCUCUCUCUUCCUCUCUUCCCACCCCCUCCCCCGCUCUUCGCAGGCGGUGCGGUGGCACGCCAACUGCAACUACAUCGCCACGUGCUCCAGCGACAAGACGCUGCGCCUGUGGGACGUGCAGACCGGCGAGUGCUGCCGAGUCUUUGCCGCCCACCGCUCGCCCGUGUACGCACUCGCCACGUCCCCGGACGGCCGCUUUCUAGCCUCGGGGGAUGAGGGAGGUGCCGUGCUGCUGUGGGACCUGGGCACAGGCCGCUGCAUCGCCCCCCUGCUGGGCCACACCGGCUGUGUGUGGACGCUCGCUUUCAGUGGCGAGUCAGCAGUGCUGGCAUCGGGGGCAGCGGACGACACAGUGAGGCUGUGGGAUGUAGCUGCUGCCAGCAAGCUCGCUCCCAACGAGGCCAAAACAUCGGUGGGGCGGCGAUUGCGCCUUCUCAAGACCUUCCCCACCAAGUCAACACCCAUCUCCGCCCUGCAGGUAGUAUCCAUCCCCCACUCACUGCCCGUAUCCGCUCUGCGGGCGUCCAUCCCCCACUCAUGGCCCAUCGCUCCUUGA